AUGGUUGCCAUGUACAAUGUCGCAGGCCGUCAGGUCGGAUCACACUGGCUGGCCAUAGCUACGCUCAGUACCGCAUUCGGUCUUCCCUGGCUGCUGACAAGAGGCGGUGGAUCGAAAAAAUCAAGCACACCUCCGAUCAACGCCUCGAGCAAGGACGAAGAGAAGUUCAUUCAGUAA